UGUAAUGUGUUAAGAGAUAGCGCAUUUUGAAUUUAUUCUAUAAUCUUGUAAUUUUUAUUGAACAGACUUUCAUCUGUAUGCAUUCGUUUAAAACGGUAACUCUCCAAAAUUAAAUAUAUAACCUGAAAAAUUAUUCAAAACGUUUAUAAUGCAGGAUAUAAUUUAAAAAGACAUUUAAAAGUAUACAUAUUCACAGUAGAUUUUGAUCGGUGAAAUAUAAGAUAUGGAUGAAUAUGGUAAUCCUAUACCAGGGUCUUCAAAAGAAUAUGAAAAUAUUAUUGCUUCUGCAAAUGCAUGUGAUUUUACUUGGUUGGAAAAUGAAUUUAAACAACAAGAUUCUAAUGAAGAUGAAAAGCCAGAUUUAUGUAUUCCAAAUAAUUACAACAAUAAUUUUUUACCUCAGCCUAUUGAACAAGAUACUAAUCAUAAAAUACAAGAUUUUUUUGAAGAAAUUAAAACGAUAGAUUUUACCCAAGCUUCCAAUACAGAAAAAUUAGGCAACCUUGACACUCGUCGAGAAAUGUUAGAAAGGUGUAUAAGUUUCAUUGAUAUCGUUCACCGUAAUAUUGAUUAUUUAGAUCAAAUAAUUUGUACAAUUAAUUCUAAUAUUGAAAUAUCAAAAAGAAAUGCAACUAAAGCGCAUAAAGCAAUUGAAUAUGAACGAAAAUUAUUGUAUAAGACAUCAUUAUCCAAUAUGAAGAAAAAAGCACAUUUGGCACAUUUUUUUAAAAUUGGCUUAUCAAAUUGUCCUCUGAGUACACAUCUUGAAGGACUCUACGAACAUGGAAAAUUAAUUUUAUCAUAUAACGGUAGAUUCAUACUUGAAGAGUGCGUGGAAAGAAACUUGUGGAACCAAGAAUUUAAAAACAAACUUGAACAAGUCAUUCAUUUGGAAGUAUUAGAUAAAAUCAAAGUGCCUAUGCUUGCUCAACUAUCUCGUCUAAGACGAGACUUAAUUGAACAAGAAGAGGAGACAAUUAAGAACAAAAUUCAACUUGAAAUCGUAGAAAUCCAAAAAGAAUUGGAUAACAUAACGAAAAUGCCUUUUAAACGUUUAGUUUUUCAAUUUAUGGACUCCGAUUACAAAUACGAUUGGCUACAUAUUGCAAAAAUGACUAAUAAACCAGAUUUACAAUGUCAACGAUUUUGGAAUCUCAUGUUAAAACCCCAUAUUUCAAGAGCAAAGUGGACUAAGGAAGAAGACCAAAGAUUAAUAACUCUUGCAAAAAAAUACGAAGAAAAAAAUUGGCGACAAAUUGCCACUGAAUUAGAUACGAACCGCAAUGAAUUACAAUGUUUUGUACAUUAUCAAAAGUACAAAACAGAUUUGUUCAAAAAAGGGAAAUGGUCCAAAGAAGAAGAUAAGAAAUUGAUAGAAGUCAUUAAAGCUAAUUCCAUUGAAAAUAUGAUAAAUUGGCAAAAAGUUUACUAUUCAUUGCAUAAUUCAGGACGUUCUAAUGAUCAAAUUUAUAACAGGUGGAUGUUCAGUUUAAAACCAGGUAUUAAGAAGGGAUUAUUAAACGAUAAUGAAAAGCUCAUAAUCACUGCAGCACAAAAAAAGAAUCUGCCUCCAUCUUUAGUUUCAAUGAAUUUGACUAAUAGAACUACAACACAAAUCCGAAAUGCAUACCGUCGAAAUUUAUCAUAUAUAAACGAUGUUUAUAGAGGUGGUUGGCUUCCAGAAGAGGACAAGUUGUUGCUAAAAGCUGUAUCACAACACGCACUAAAUGGAUGGACAUGGUCGCAAAUAUCCGACCAAGUUCCUGGACGUAAUGCUGAGCAGUGUCGUCAUAGAUUUAAAUUAAUUGAAAAAAAAAUUCAAAAUAACCCAAAAUUAACAAUUGAUAAUUUUCCUAGAGCAAAACAAGUUUACCGAAUUAAAGACAUUCCAUAUUUGCCAGAUGAUAUGGAAAGUGUUCACAAUGUAUUAGUUGAGAGUUUCAAACAAAAUCGUGAAUCCAUCAAGGCCAAUAAUGUGAAAGAAACUGAUGCUGAUCGUAAGCUUAAAAAAGCUUAUUUAGAAAACGCCUAUAUUAUGGAUCAUUGCAAUUUUUCUAGCAAGUGUGAAUUACUAAAAUAUGUUCUUGAUUAUUUAGGGGCAAACCUUAAAAUUCCAAAUAAUUUUGUAAAUAAGGAUGAUUUAAUUGAUGAAGGACUAAUAAGUAUGAUGACUUACCUGAGGGAGUCUUCAAAUAAUAUUUAUACUUUAAAGUCAAAUUGCAUUGAACCCAACCAUGAGUGUGAAAUAGACAAAACAGUUCUUUACGAAGGUAUUGAAGGUGCCUUAAAACCUAGUGAUAUUAUUAAUUCGAGUAUGAGUGAAAUCGACGGUCUUAUGAGUAUAAGAAUGAGAGAAAUGAAAUAUAACAAGUCUAAAUUUAUACCAAACAAAAUAACCAAAACAUUUAAAGACUUACCUGUUUGCAACUUGGGCUCUGUACCGCCUAAUUAUGAAACAUUUAAAAUGUUAUACACGUGUAUGACAAGUUUAAGCAGUUGUAUCAAAGUUGAUAACUUGAAUCCUGAUGAAGAUUUUGAUUGGAACAAUGAGGAGUCUAAAAAGUUGCAAAAACGUUUAGUUUCUAUAUUCAGAUGGCCAACAUUAUUUUCUGGAAUGAUUGAUUAUAGAGGAAUUAAAAUGAAUAUGGUAACUAAUUACGAUAGACCUGAUAAUAAUUUUGAUACUAAAAUUAUUCGCAAUAAAAAAAGAAAAUUAUAUUUGAAUUUAAAACAAUAUUUAUAAGAUAAUUUACAAGAUAUACAAACUGCAGGUAUAUUUUUUCUUUAGAAUUAAUAUUGAAGGAUUCGUCAAUUAUUUAUAUAUACAAUUGAAGUUUAACUUGAUCUAAGUUUAAACUUUGUUUUAAAUUUUAGUUGUCCAUGAAGACUAUUAUGUUACCUAUUAAAGACUGACCAGUUAGUUUGAUUCCAUUUUUUAUUAUAAUUGUUUAUCGAAAAUCUGUAGACAAAGAUUUAAAAAUAUGAGUUAAAUCUAUAAUUUAUACUUAGUUUAGUCUACUAAAAUUAUUUUAUUUUUUAAGUUUCUUUUUAUUUAUUUAUUA